AUGAUUAUAAUCGAGGAGUUCUCGCCAACAGCUGUAAAGAUAAUGCUGAUUUUCUUGUACACCGGUUCAGUAUGUCCACAGGAAUUGGAGCUAGAGGAUGCGUCUGACGUCAUGCAAUUAGCAGAAAAAUAUAACAUCCCGGCACUGAAAACCAUGUGUGAGCAGGAUCUCAUAUCGAGGUACUUGAUAACCUCUUGCUUUUGUCAAUUAGCUGGAUCAAAGAAAAGGAGGGCAACGAUCUAA